AUAACACAAUUUGCAAACGGAUCAGCUUUGACUUUACAGGCAAAUUUCUGCCUCCUGUUUACAUCUUAGUCUUCAUCAUGUCUGUUUUUGAAGAAGACUUACAAACCUGUUGCAGAGUAAGGUACUCAAGCCCAUAAUGCUAAGUUUACCAAUCAGUUUCAUUUGGGAGAUUUAGCUGAGGGCUAAACUGAAAUCCCAUUGAUAACUAUCAACAGCAUAGAAUAAUGAGUUGUGAUGACAAAGCACACCCAUACGGGUGGAGAUGUUGCACAUAGAUAUUAUUGUGGCAUCAAAUCUGUAGUUGAGACAGUGAGGUUGGAGACAAACAGGAAGUUUCCUUUGAUCAAAAACCAGGUCACAUUUUCUGUCUCUUCUCAUAAACCAGACAAUUCAAAGAGAUAAGAUUGUACCAACUUCUUUUCAGAAGACAGAAUGAAUAAUUCUUACUGUACUCCUGUCAGCUUUGGCUUUGAACACAGAUUUCUGCCUCCUGUUUACAUCUUAGUCUUCAUCAUUGGUCUGCUAGCUAAUGGAUGGGGAUUGAAGUCUCUGCUGCAGAACUGGAAGAAACUGGGUAACGUCAAUGUUUUUGUUCUCAACCUCGGACUUGCAGAUAUUCUGUAUCUGCUCACACUCCCAUUUUUGGUGGUGUACUACUUCAUGAGAAGUAAAUGGAUCUUUGGAGAUGCAUUCUGCAAGAUAACAAGAUUCUGCUUCAACCUGAAUUUAUAUGGCAGCAUUGGGUUCCUUACUUGUAUCAGUGUGUACAGGUACCUGGCUAUUGUCCAUCCAAUGAGAGUGAUGGGAAGAAUAACUGUCACCCGCUCUGUGGGGAUCUCUGUCAUGGUUUGGCUUUUGGUGAGCGUUCAAAGUCUUCCAGACAUGUUCUUCAGCAAAACAUUUGGAAACAAGCCUGGGAAAUGUUAUGAUACCACCCACAAGAUCUAUGUUGAGGAUUACCUGAAAUACAGCCUUGGAUGGACCCUCACUGGUUUCUGUAUCCCAUUCCUCAUCAUACUGGGAUGCUAUGGACAUGUGAUUAUUUUUCUCUGCCGCACAGAAACCACUGACAAGGUACUGAAACAGAGAUGCUUGAAGUUUUUGUGCAUCUUGAUUCUUCUCUUCUCUGUUUGUUACGUCCCCUAUCAUGUAUUCAGGAAUUUCAACCUGUGGUCAAGAGUUCUGUCCAGACAGAAGAAAUGCAGUGAGUGGUCUAAUGGAGUCUUCGUUGCUCAUCAGAUUAGUCGUGGCCUUGUGUGUCUGAACAGUGCUCUCAACCCUCUGGUUUACCUUCAUGGAAAUGAAGCUAUUCCUGCUCAGCUCAGACGACGACUCCAGCAAGCUUGUCAGAUGUUCAGCCGCUUGAGUCCGUCAAACCUGAGGUCUGUGCCUGAGGCACAAACUGAAGAUGAAGCUGAACAAGAGUUAAGAGGUUAACAUGAACUGUUAAAUAUCAUUAAGCUCAAACCACUUGCAGCUGUACAUCACAGCUAGCGGUGUGAAUUGACUACAAUGUGUUUCAAAUUUGCAAAUAAA